AAUCCCGCGGUGCGGCGCAUCAAGGGCGACAUCCGGGAGCUGGCCCAGAACCCGACGCGCGAGUACCACGCGGCCCCGCUGGAGGACAACCUCUUCGAGUGGCACUUCACGGUGCGCGGGCCGCGGGGCUCGGACUUCCAGGGCGGCCUCUACCACGGCCGCAUCUCGCUGCCGCACGACUACCCGUUCAAGCCGCCGUCGAUCAUGCUCCUCAACGCUUCCGGCCGCUUCGAGGUCGGGAAGAAGAUCUGCCUGAGCGCGACGUCCUUCCACCCGGAGCACUGGCAGCCGGCCUGGGGCAUCCGGACCAUCGUCGAGGCGCUCAUCGCCUUCUUCCCGACGCCGACGGAGAGCGCCAUCGGCGCGCUCGAGUGGCGGCCCGACGAGCGCCAGGCGCUGGCCGCCGAGUCGCGG